GGAUUUGCUAUAAAGCUGCUGUGUGACUGGUUUAAAGGGUAGAGUUGUAAAAACUCCCAGGCAGUGGGGGAAGUCAGGUUGCUUAUCAAGCAGCAAACUGGCCCAUCAGAGAACGAAAAAAACGAGGAAAAAAAAGGAAACAAACAAACAACACCAAAAGCACUAAAACGCUGUAACUGGAAUAACAAUUUUACCAAACCUACAAAGAUUAGAGGUAGAGAUAAUUGCGGAAGCUACUAACUACAUCCGGGAUCUACACCUGAGUCUUGCUCGUGCAUGAUAGAGAAGACUUCCUUUGUCCUGUGGAGGGAGAAAUCCGUGUCCUGUUCGCCACAAACUGAUCACUUACUGCCUAGGAGAUUUUUGCAACGCUCGGCUCACGAAGGCACACACGCUUGCAACUGGGAAGCAGCUAUGCAGCUUGAAAUCCAAGUAGCACUCAACUUCAUAAUAUCCUACCUGUACAACAAACUCCCCCGACGUCGGGUGAACAUCUUCGGGGAAGAGCUCGAACGGCAGUUGAAAAAGAAAUAUGAAGGGCACUGGUACCCCGACAAGCCAUACAAAGGGUCCGGGUUCAGGUGUAUACAUGUCGGGGAGAAGGUCGACACGGUAGUGGAAGAAGCAGCCAAAGAGAGCGGGAUUGACAUCGAAGACAUUCGGAACAACUUGCCUCAGGACCUCAGUGUGUGGAUCGACCCGUUUGAGGUGUCCUACCAGAUUGGGGAGAAGGGAUCCAUUAAGGUGCUUUACAUGGAUGAUACCGGUGAGAACGGGUCAGAGUUGGACAAGGAGAUCAGGAACAGUUUUAACCCCGAUGCUCAGGUCUUCAUGCCAAUCAGCGAUCCUGUAGGGGUCUCCUCUGAGUCUAGCUCUCCGUCACCACCGUUUGGUCAGUCUGCUUCUGUCAGCCCGUCAUUCAUGCCACGCUCCACUCAACCUUUAACUUUCACCACAGCCACGUUCGCCGCCACCAAGUUCGGCUCCACCAAAAUGAAGAACGGCAGCCGCAGUGGUAGCAAGGUGGCACGCACAUCUCCCACCAACCUGGGCCUGAAUGUGACCAGCCUACUGAAGCAUAAAGCCAUUUCCAAUUCCAUGCAUUCUCUCUACGGUCUUGGUCUCGGAGGGCAGCCGAAGGCUUCUGCGCUCUCUCCUAACGCCAAGGAGUUUGUUUUCCCUAACCUUCAGAGCCAGGGCAGCUCCACCACGAUGUUCAGCAACGAGAAUCCGCUCAGCCUCAGCCCUCUGCAGUACAACAAUGCCUUCGACGUGUUUGCAGCCUACGGGAGCCUCAACGACAAGUCUCUCAUGGAUGGUCUAAACUUCAGCCUAAGCAACAUGCAGUAUUCUAACCAGCAAUUCCAGCCCGUCAUGGCUAACUAACGAAUCCAGAAUUUAUUAAUGAAUUUAUUGUUGGCAAAAGGAAGGAGAUAAAAUGACGCACACUAACAAAGGACAUAAAAAGAUCUGUGGAAGCAAAAAACAAAAACAAAAAAAAAACCAACCCUGUUAGUCACCGAAAAGAGCAUGUGCCCAAGGGUGUUUGUCUUUCUGUGCCCCCUUGAGUUUAUUUCUACUAAAAGCUUGUUGUAUGUGUCCAAGCUUGGUUACUUUCACAUUAUUUUCAUUUUUCCUAUUUUUGCCAACAAAGCACACAAUUUUUUACUGUUUUAAAAAAUGCUAAAAUAUAUAUACAUAUAUUAAAAAAAAAAACAUAGCUUCAAGUUCUGGCCUCCUACAGUAUUUUCAAGUUGGUUAAGACUUGGCUGAUUUUUAAGAAAUUGGCACUAAUGAAUAUAUAUCUGGGGUUACUUGGUCUUUUUUUCUAAUUGUAUAAUUUAAUUGAGUACAGAGUUUGUAAAGUAUCAGAGUAUAUAUAUUGUUUCUAUGACACGGUAUUGCAUUUAUAUCUUUUUACUACUCCAGUGAUCUGUGAUGGCUGCAGCAGCUUUAUGUUAUAUAUAUUUUUUUUUGGUUUUUUUAAAAAAAAAAAGAAAAUAAAAUUUAUCAAGGAAAUCCACCUUUAAAAUAGAUCAACAAAUCUACAGAUUGUGUACAGGCUAUACUUUAGUGAUGAAAAUUCAGUGUAGGAAUAUUUAGCUUGUGUUUUUUUUUUUUUUUUUUUUUUGAGAAACACAAGUUGUAUUUUCUGUUAAAAAAGUUGAGAAGAUUUUUGCUAUAUUAAGGACAAUGUAAUCAUAUAUUAAUUUUGUACCUACAUUGUGCAAUACUUGAUAAAAUACGGUAUAACAAAGUAUUUUGAGUCAGUGUCUUACACGUGAAGAGGGACUGAAAUAGUUUAUAUUGAGUUUGUAUUAAAAUGCUUAAAAAUA